AUGACGCAGGAUUUUGUUGGCUAUCUUCCCUCUCCGUCCACCUGCAUAUCCUCUGCAGCUGGCCGCUACAGUGGAGGAAUCCAUCGCCUGGCAGUUGACCUCAAACUGUCCACCACCCGCCUCCUCUUCAAGCUCUGCUUCCCAAGGACAAGCUGGCCCAGCUUAAUAGUGGCAGCCGGUCGUCACGUCGUGCCCAACGAUAAUGCCUCAUUCUCCACCUCCAGUGGUAGUCCCAGACGCUACACGCAUAAGGAAGGCAUCCAGGCGAACCAUGGAGGUGAUGGAGGGGGUCAGCAAGAAGAGUGGCGAGGACAUGGGGGAGAAGAAGGGCCAUCACGACGAACCCAAACCGACCCCAACGAAACUUCCGGGUACUGGGCUUGCCCAUUCUACAAGUUCGAUCCCAUACGGCACUGGCGCUGCUAUCGGAAAUACAACCUCAAACGGCUGGCUGACGUCAAAGCUCACGUCAUGCGAGUCCAUCUCAUGAGCGACCUCUACUGUCCCAAUUGCUUCCAAGAAUUCGACGAUACGCAAGAAUGGCGCCAGCAUUGCAGCCACCCGGUCUUUGCCUGUCCUCAGAUCCAGGGGCCGGAGCCCCUUUUUCGGGAGGAUUUUGAUGCCCUCGGCGAUGUGUUGGCUACCGCGCAGGGGCUAAGCGAGGCAGACAAAUGGUACUUGAUGUUCGACCACAUCUUCCCCGCUGCCUUCUCGCGCCGCCCAUCUUCUCCCUUCGUAAGCUUAUCCUUCGACGAGCCACUCGGCGUUAUGCGCGCGCAUGCAUCCAGACAGGAGCAGCUGCACCGGAGCAUUCUAUCAGUACUCCAGCGUCAUCAGGCUCCCCUUGGGGGAAUAACCGGGCCGAAUGCGCUGCAGGUCGAUCUCGUGAAUGCAGUGCUCCCUAUGUCAGCAGCGGCCAUGGCGACAUCUCCGCCGUACCAGCGAGCUGUCCAUCCAUCUCGGCUUGGUAGUUGA